UUCCUCUCCCUCAGAUCUCACUCUCUCAACUCUCGACUUCCAGCAACCUUCAACCCAUAACUUUUUUCGACCACCAAAGAAAACAAACCGACAACUUUUCUUCUUCUGUUAUUUAUUUAUUGUUUUCAAUUUUUUUUUUAUAUAAACGCUAUUUUAUUUUAAUCUAAUUUAAAUUAUAUAGAUACCUACCUUCUAUUUUUUAUUUUUUAUUGAACCAACACCUGUUCUUUGGAAACUCCGCUCUCCAACCUCGUAUUAAAAAUAAAAAGAAAUUAAAUUAAAUCUAAAUUCUUAAUUUAUAUAAAUAUCACCAUAUCCACGCCCCCGCAAUCUCGCUGCAUCAAAAACAGCGCUUCUAUCUCGAAUCCAAUCCCCACAUUACUCCAGUUACACCCCAAAAUGAACGGCGCCGUUUCAGCCCUCAAGCCUCGGCACAAAAGGGCCUCAAACGGCAAGCCCCUUCACGUCGUUCACACAAACCACAACUCGGAGGUCCACCAAGUGCAGGACCUGAUCAUGUCGUCUUCUUCUUCUUCUUUUUCCUCCAAGAAGCUCCGUGUCUACGGCGGCAAGGCCUCCUUCAUGACCUGGAGGCUGCAUGACGUCCUGCCUGUGGCCAAGCACCAUUGGAUACCCUGCGUCUUCGCAAUGGGCCUCCUCUUCUUCAUGGGCGUCGAGUACACGCUCCGAAUGGUGCCCUCGUCGUCUCCGCCCUUCGAUGUCGGCUUCAUCACCACGCGCUCACUCCACCUCCUCUUGGCCUCCAAGCCCAAGCUUAACACCUUGCUCGCUGGUCUUAACACGGUGUUUGUGGGAAUGCAGACAACGUAUAUUGUAUGGACAUGGCUAGUAGAGGGCCGCCCAAGAGCCACAAUCUCAGCUCUUUUCAUGUUCACUUGCCGGGGCAUUCUCGGCUACUCUACCCAACUUCCAUUGCCUCAGGGAUUUUUGGGGUCCGGCGCAGACUUCCCGGUUGGCAAUGUGUCGUUUUUUCUCUUCUUCUCAGGGCAUGUAGCAGGGUCUGUGAUUGCAUCUUUGGACAUGAGGAGAAUGCAGAGGUGGGAAAUGGCAUGGACAUUUGAUGCACUGAAUGUGCUACAAGCACUGAGGUUGCUGGGGACAAGGGGCCACUACACAAUAGACUUGGCUGUGGGGGUUGGGGCUGGUUUUCUCUUUGAUUCUCUGGCAGGCAAGUAUGAAGAAAGCAAGAGAUCAAAAGCACCUACAAAAACUGGUACCAAAGAGGCUUUCUUUCUGUGAACAGAUGGAAUAUUGGCAGGUAGUUUGGAGUAGGAAUAUGGGUAUGUUUUUGGUGCAUAUUUAUUUAUGAAACGUCGAAAGGUAAAUCUAAUUAAGAAAAGAAAACAAAGUAGAUGUUUUGGAUUGUAUAGAGACAGAGAGAGCUCAAUGUACUGGGGCCCUUUUGAUGUAUUUUGCUUCUUUUUUGCUUCUUUAAAAAAUCCCAUUCUUCAUUUUUUAAAUUUCCUAUCUACUCUUCUGCACAAGUUCUUCAGGGUGUGUUUGGAAGUAGCUUUGGCAGUGUUAGAAGUGUUUAUCGUAGAGGAAGGAAAGUACCCAAAAGUGCUUUAUAGGGUUUAGAAGUAUUUUCAUUGCUUUGGUUAAGUGUGUUUCUCAGUGUGCUAUACGUAGCGCUUUCUAGUUAAUACAAAAAGUUUUGGGGUUUUCAUGAUA